CUUCAUCGUUACUCUCACACACACACACCGCAGCAGCGCGCACAGAGAAAGAGACACGCCUUUUUCUCGGCUCUGUUGUCGGCUCUGUGGGCAGCGGGGCUGCUGCCGCUCAUGUGAUUGACCAGCUCCUCUCCCUCAUCUGUCAGCCGGCUGCCUUAGCGCCUCCCCUCUCCUCUAUAAAUGUGGGAAAUCACUUCAUUCCUUUCACAUCGAGCGUGCUGAAUUGAGAGGAACUGCGAAGCUCCGCGGGACGUCAUGACUGAUUAGAUUUUCGCCCUUUGGUUAAGAUCGUAUCCUCGGUAUUCUUUUUAUAUAUAUAGCUCGUAUCGUGUUUACAGCGCCGCGUCUCAUUACUGAAUUCCAGCCAGUCGUGUGUCAUUGUUCGCGUUUCCUUUCUUCCUCUCGCCGAGCCGUUGGUUAUUAAAGAUGAAGGCUGUUACUCCAGUCCACCCCCAGGACUCCUCCUCCAGCAGCAACCACCUCUACAUGCACUAUCUGUCGAAGCAGAGCCUCAACAUCGCCCGGUUCAGGAUGGAGGAGGAGGACCUGUUCUGCCUGCAGUACGACAUGAACGACUGCUACAGCCGACUGAAGCGCCUGGUGCCCACCAUUCCGCAGGAUAAGAAAGUGAGCAAAGUGGAGAUCCUCCAGCAUGUCAUAGACUACAUCCUGGACCUGCAGCUGGCCCUGGAGACGCACCCAUCCCUCAACAAACAGCAGCAGCAGCAGCAGCAGCAGCCACAGCAGCGGAGCAGCGGCACCUGCCCUCCUCCAGCCUCCUCCAACCCGAGCCGGACACCGCUGACGGUGCUCAACACUGACCACUGUCAGAGGACAUCAAUAGUGAAAAAGCCUGAUGAUUCGCUUUUAUGCCGCUGAGACCUGAGCCCUGCAUUGGUGUGCAGGCUGUGCAGCAGAGCUGCUCCAAAGCCAGCAAAGCUUCGCCAGGGACUCGCACCCAACUGGAGGCACAAUCACAAGGGGAUUUCAAAAACCGCUGGGAGGAAUUAAACCCAAAUAAAGUCAUCAUUCACAUAAGCUUUUUUGUUCCACCGGACAAAGAAUCACUGUGUAGACGCCUCCCUCUCCUGACUCCUGUUUAAGUUGAUCUAACUUUACUUCUUCCCACUUUUAAUAAUGUCUCUAAAAGAGUGAAAAGAUGGAACCCCACACACACACACACACACACACACACACACACAUACACAGCCAAUGCUGAGAAGUCGUCUGUCAACAGCUCUGAAAACUGUUUGUGAAUUGUGCUUAAAAAAUAGCUAAAAACCGACUCCAGUUUAAAGCUUUACUAAACUGCGAAAAUUAUUGUACACAGUAUGUUUUUUUUGUACAUCUAUUGUUUAAAAUAGAUGAUUUGUGUUGAACAGGGAAUCUCAUCCCUGGAAUCUUACAAUGUUUGAUAUUGUAAAGAAGAACAAUUCUGAUUCGAGUCAAUUAAGAUUGUACAUAAAGAGACGCAAAUGUUCUAUAAAAGUAUGUGAAAGGAAGACUUCUAUGUUUAAAAUAGACUAUUGUAAUUAUAAGAUAUUUUUAUUAAAACCUUUUCUGUUCUUUUUUUUGUUGUCGUUAUGUAAAUAUUGUGUUUCCACGUUAUGCUCUGACGGUGACGUCCUCACACGACGGUAUCAGUUAACUCUUUGCAGUGUUUUUUGGGAUAGUUUAAUACGUAGCAUGUGCGGCUCGUUGCAGAGAUGUUUGAAUGUGCACUGAAGCAGCAGACCUCCGUGUGUGUAGAUAAUGUGGUGAAGUUCAACACAACUAUGAUUUGGCCUGCUCAGCUUUCUCCUUGAAUUGUUUCUUAUUCAUUAACCGCGGCAGCUUUGACGAGCUGGAGGGGAAGCGUCGGCUUGAUAUUUGAUCCUUGUGGAAAAAAAAGAAAGAAAGACAGAAAGAAAUAAUACACCAUGUUAUAUUUGUGCUGUCAAAGUUGCUGCUUGGGAAGUUAAUGAUUAACACCAUGAAAUCAAUUCAAGUUUGUUGUUUUUCUUUCUUGUAAUGAACUGAUGAAAUCUGUGAACAUUGACAGACUCUUUCUAUUGGGCAACAGUCUAUUAAUGUAUUCAGCCAAUAUGUUUGAGUUGGUACACACUGAUUUCCCUGUUGGAAGUCAGUCGCCAUUGUUAUUGUAAAGGACAGAAAAAGAAAAAAAGAAAAAAGAAAGAAAAGAAACGCCUUUAUUUUUCAUGACAUUGAAUGCCGAAUUUACCUCACCACCCUCCUGCCAGUGUGAGAGGGCACUUGUACAUUACUGUUAGCUGCACUGUUGGACUUGACCUUCACUGGCUCGUGAGGAGUUGUCAAAACAAUUAAAGUUUCCAGGAAGAA